UUGCAGGCCGGCGAGCUGCGAGCUGGACAAGUUUUCGGCCAUGGCAGUUCCUGGACAGCGGGCACACAGCUGCUGGUGCCCAGUCAGGGCCUAGCCAGCCAGACUGUGGCGUUUUCGCCAGCGUGCCGAUUGUUGCAGCACUCCCACCAGAAUCAUCACAUCACCACAACCCGACUUCCUUGCGUUUGCUUCCCCCACUGCUUGGGAGUGUCUCUCGUUUUCAUCGGGUGCGGUUGACAACACCACAUCAUCAACACCCCGUCAUUCGUUUACGAGCCGCCCGCAAGGUUACCACUUCAAUAGGGAUUCAUCACAGAGACCCUAACCCAACACCAGACGCCGACACUCGCUCAUCAAUCACCCAUACUCUGUACUCCCGUCCUCACCCUUAAUUGACCGGCGAUUCGCUCCAGCUGUUACUGCUUGAGAACAGCAAGCCGGCGCAGCUGAUUGAGCAGCUUGGUCAUUGAUCACGGCGGCCCGCCCCGCCAUUCAUCCCAUGGACAACAACGACUACUUCGGCCGCUCCGGCGCCGGCAUGCCGUCGGUAGCCUCCACCGCCGCCCCGACCCCGCAACGGCCCGGGACACCCAGCGAGUCCCUCGGCCAAAACCCCUUUGGAGACGGUGUCGAGUCGCGGGCGUCACAGCGGUCGUCCGGCCAGAAUGGUAACCCCUUUUCCAGCCCCAUGGCCUCGCGCCCCGCCAGCAGCUUCGACUCGGCCUCGGCUCUGGGCCGCUUCGACGGCGGGCAGCGCUACUUCCACUCGCGCCGUGUGCGCAAGGGCGAGGUCGAGAAGCCAUGGACCAAGAAUGUCGACCCCAAGGAGAAGUGGGUCACCAUCCUGCCCAUCAUCGGCAUCGUCAUCGGCCUGGGCAUCUCGGGCUUCCUUGUCUGGGACGGCAUCCGCAGCGUCGUCAAGCACAACUACUGUCCGGUGUUGGAGGAGACGUGGUCGAACGGCUUCAACGAGCAGGUGUGGAUGAAGGAGGUCCAAGUCAACGGGUUUGGCAACGGCGAGUUCGAGCAGACCACUGGCGGCGACCAAAACGUCUAUGUCGAGAACGGCCACCUGAUCAUCAAGGCCACGCCACAAGAUGACGCUCUGAUACAGCAGGACCACAAGAUCGACCUCCUCAGCGACGGCACCUGCACGUCCACCAACCCGGACUACUGCAUCGCCGUGACCAACACAACGGCCGGCAAUUCGACCAUCGUGCCGCCCGUCCUGUCCGGACGCAUCAACACGCGCCGCGGCGCGACCAUCAAGUACGGCCGCAUCGAGGUGACGGCCAAGCUGCCGGCCGGUGAUUGGCUCUGGCCCGCCAUCUGGAUGAUGCCGGUCGACUCGGCCUACGGGCCCUGGCCGCAGUCGGGCGAGAUUGACAUCAUGGAGUCGCGCGGCAACAACUACACGUACCCGCAGGGCGGCAACAACAUCAUGUCGUCGGCCCUCCACUGGGGACCCAACCCGGCCAACGACGCCUGGUGGCGCACCAACGUCAAGCGCCAGGCCCUCCACACGACCUACUCGUCCGGCUUCAACGUCUUUGGCCUUGAGUGGUCGCAGAAGUACCUGUUUACCUACGUCAACUCGCGCCUGCUGCAGGUGCUGUACGUCAACUUCGACACGCCCAUGUGGACGCGCGGCAACUUCCCCGUCCAGGACAGCAACGGCACCCGCAUCAAGGACAUCUGGAGCGAGACUGGCCGCGCGCAGACGCCGUUUGAUCAGAAAUUCUAUCUAAUCCUGAACCUGGCUGUUGGUGGCACCAACGGCUGGUUCGAGGACAAUGUCAACGGUAAGCCCUGGCUGGAUGCCUCGCCCAAUGCUCGCAAGGAUUUCUGGCAGGCCAAGGACCGCUGGCUGCCCACCUGGACCCAACCGCAGAUGGAGGUCAGCAAGGUCAUGAUGUGGCAGCAGUGCGAUGGCGAUGAGGAUCUUUAGGUGAUUCGAGUGGGUUUUUGACGAGGGUUCUACUGCGCUCUGUCUGCGAUGGUGUUUUGCGGGUUAUAGAUUGGUUGUUUCUUGGGUAUCUAAUGUUUAUAUUUCUUUGGCUAUUUCCAGGGAAUUGAGUUGGAUCUAGAACGCACAGCUGGUGGUUCUGACAUGGGCAGCAUAUUUUACCCAACAGCACACGAGCAUAAUGACAUUUAACCAACAUCCAAUGGAUUGAUCGAUCAUUAUGAUGCACUGGGACACAGUGAACCAGCGCUUUGACGGAAUCUGUCUCUCCAAGCCAGCUAUUCCGGCUUCCGAAACGCUUUACGGCGCUGCGGCGUCAUGUCUGACCGUUGUACCCCUUUAUUUUGUGCUUUUGGCGGGGGCUCGAGCGGCGCCAACUUUCAAUCCCUUC